AUGGCUCCGUUCCGUGGUCGUGGAGGGAGAGGUAGGGGUACCCCAAGAGGAGGUGCGAGGGGUGGAGGCAAUGCUCGAGGCGGUGGAAAGCUUGCCAGAAGUGGGAUUCGGACUCGAGGAGGCGGCUACAAGAAGUUCGACAGCCAAAGGACGAGAGACCUGGACGAGUCGGAGGAUGAACAGCCACAGAUCGAAGAGGAGCCAUCGGAAGAUGACAGCGACAACCAGAGCGAUGAUGAGGACUUCGAUGAGGCAACAUCCAAAGCAAAGGCAUACAAUCAGCUCCUGCAGUCAUUGAACCAGCCUGAGGAGAAUGGCGAGCGAAAAGCUAAACGAAGGAGGAUUGAGGUAGAAGAGCAACCGAUACUUGAUGAGGAGGAGAUACAAGCACAAGAAGUGGAAGAAGCGUUAGCACAAAGUGAAGAGGAUGCAGAGGAAGCAGAUGACGAACAGGCACAUGUCGACCAAGACGCCGAGGAGCAGGACGAUGCGAAAGAUCCGUUCGAGGUGCACUUUGCCAACCCGGACAACAACGAGCUUCAGAGACGAUUGCAGGCGAUACAGUCAGGUCAGUGGCACAAGGAGAAGAAAGCGAUCGAUAGAAGCUGGAACUUGGAAGUGUCGAGCCCUGGCCAGCAGAAUGUCAUCUCGAGGCUUGCCGCGAAGAGUGUUACAGAUCUACCUUUGAAGGAACGACUGUCGAAGAACAUCAAGGACAAAGAUUUGUCACUGUCCAAGUCGCUCGUGAACGAGGAGAUCGCAUCAACGAUAUUUGGCUACCAGGACCUUGUAUUCAGUGGGCGAACACCCCGAAAUGCUAUCACACUGCGAAAGAUGGCGAGUCUACACGCUGUCAACCAUGUCUUGAAAGGUCGAGACAAGGUCCUGAAGAACAACGAACGUCUCAGUCGUGCGACUGACGAUGCUCAUCUGGACGUUCGCGACCAAGGCUACGUGCGGCCGAAAGUCCUGAUCUUGACUGAAAUGCGCCAGAUGGCGGCCAGAUACGCCGACGACAUUGUCAAAGUCUUUCAGCCUGAUCAGCAAGAGAAUCGCAAACGAUUCGACGACUCGUUUUCGGCACCCUUGGAUGAUCGCGAGAACAUGCCUGAGGACUUCCGGGAGACACAUGGCGGCAAUAACAAUAACAGCUUCCUCACAGCGCUGAAGUUCACCAGGAAGACACUCAAGUUCUACUCCGCAUUCUACAACAGCGACAUCAUCAUGGCAUCUCCACUCGGCCUUCGCCAAGUCAUCGAGAAUAGUGACGCAAAGAAGCGUGAUCACGAUUUCUUGUCCUCGAUCGAAGUCGUGAUCGUGGAUCAGGCCGACGCCAUGUACAUGCAGACCUGGGAGAACAUGGAAGUCGUCUUCAAGCAUCUCAACUUGGAGAUGAAAGAGGCACAUGGCUGCGACUUCAGUCGAGUGCGGAACUACUAUCUUGAUGGCAAUGCCAAGUAUCUUCGCCAGACCAUUGUCUUCAGUCCGUUCCUCACCCCAGAGAUGAACGCCCUCUACAACAAGAACAUGCAAAACGCUUUCGGCAAAGUGAAGAUCACUUCCACCUACGACGGUGCCAUCACAGAAACCAAUGGUCUCGGCAUCAAACAGACUUUCUCCCGCUUCGACUGCAAGUCCCCUGUCGACGACCCUGACGCAAGAUUCAAAUACUUCACGACUGCCAUCCUACCCGCCCUCAUCCGUCUUCCCAAACCCGUGGACGGCGCGCCCGGCAUCCUGAUCUUCAUACCUUCCUACUUCGACUUCCUGCGCCUGAGAAACCACUUCGCUGCCUCAGAUCAGACCGCCAACAUCUCCUUCGGCGCUGUUGGCGAAUACAGUGAGACCUCAGCACAGCGACGGGCGAGAUCACACUUCAUGUCAGGGCGGCAUAGUUUCCUGCUGUAUACGCAGCGUGCGCACCACUUCUUUAGGCUGAAGAUUAGGGGUGUAAAGAGGGUGGUUAUGUACGGAUUGCCGGACAAUCCGAUCUUCUACCAGGAGCUGGUAGAAGGAUAUCUGGGGACGACCAUCAAUGAGGGCAAGAUCGAUCCCGCUGAGGCGGGUGUGAGGUGUGCGUUUAGUAAAUGGGAUGGCAUGAAGCUGGAGAGAGUCGUUGGAAGUAGUAGAGUGAAGGGGAUGCUGGGUGGCGUGGGGGACACUUUCGACUUUGUCUGA